CGCGUGCUCAAACAGGUAUUUAUGAUGACGUCAGCAAGGUAGAGCGGGCGCGCGGCGGCUGCCACUCCGGUUCGGACGCGCGAGACCUACUGCUCGAGACCGAGGAAACACUUCCCGAGCUCCGGAAAGGAGCAAAUCACUCAGGCUUGUACAAACAUGAUUGCUCAAGGCCAGUGUGUCCAGCCCAUGUAAACAUUGACUGUCAGUAGAAGAGAGUGGGCUGUCAUUCACUGGAUCCACCCAGCCAAAGGACAACAGUGAACAAAACCACACAAUACAACUGAGUCUUUCCACGAAAUUGGGCACCUGCUGUAUUUAUGAUGACUACACGAGGUAAAAGUGAAGGAUGCCGCAUCUGUGGGAGUGACCUGCAGGGUAACCAGCGGCGAUGGUUGUAUGCGGGUCAGAACAGAAAGGGGGCACAACCUCAGACCCCGACAGACUUUUCGAGCAAGGGAAGCUUGCCCAGAUCGGCACAAAGCAGCCCAUGGGGCAGCACUUUAUCUCUCAGCUCCUCUCGUUCGCUCUCGAAGUCUCGCGGCCUGCUCACCCCUACGAAAGGAAUCGACCUGCUCUGUGUGCUGACACACAUAUUAGAGCAGCCUGUGCCACGUGGAGCCGGUCAGGGCGAGUUUUUGUGUGGCAAGUGUGUGUCGGUUCUGGAGCGAGUUUUCAAGUUUGACACCGUUAUCGCCCGAGUACGAAUGCUGUCGAACGAGAGACUCCAGAAACUCAGUCAGGAAAGGGACAAGAUUAGGCGAUGGGUGCGAAGCAUGUACGAUCAGCGCCACCCUUCUAGUUCAAAGAGAAAAGGAAGCUCCAGUGAGGAUGAAGGGGAGAGGAAGGAUUCCGUAGGGGAAGGAUACAGAGAACUGCUGAGGGACAACAUGGCCCUCUCCGAGUACGAAUGGUGGUCUGAGAAAGCAGAGUCAUGUCCGUAUUAUAGGAAAACAGGGAAACGGUGUCAACAAGGCAAGAAGUGUGAGGGUUGCGACUCCUUGAGGGUGUCCGACUCGGACUAUGAGUCCGUCUGUGGGAUUCCGCGUCACUUGCCCGAUCAAGCCUUCAUGCCAUUGGGCCUCUCUCGAGACAAAUCCUGCAGCAUGCCUCUUCAUUGGUCGAGAGUGCCAUCUGUCAGAUCAAGCCCCGCCUCGCUGUCCGGUUCCUGUCAUUCCUUGCGAUCUCGAUCCCGCACUACCUCCAUCCAAUCGCUGGACUCGAUAGACGGCGCUGAUCCGUUUGAUUGGCCAGAGGAGCAUUCGGCCAUUAUUGACGCCGUUUUCAAAGAGUUGAGGGGAAUUGAAGGAAAGCCAGUAAGGUCACCUGCUGGAAGUCGUAUUCCCGUGUUGGACAGAGGGGACGUGCAGAACGGGAAGGAUGAGGUAGGACCCAAAGCGGGGUUAGUGAGGGUCCUGAAUUUUGGAGGAGACAAUGGGACGGAAGAUGAGUUUGAAGAAGAGAACGACAUCCUGACCGAGCUAAAAGAUGACUUUAUGCCAUUACAAAGAGAGUCGUCUGCAGGUAAGGUGCAUCUUGCUGUGAAGCAGUUGCGUGAACAACUUGUUCAAGCUCAGGCUCGCAUCAGAACUCUUGAGGCUCAGCUCAGGGGGACCGACAAACCACCAACCGACGCUCCUGCCAAGCAGUUGAAGUCUCCGCAAGUGGCCAGUUUGAAGAAUAAAAAUGACCUCAUAGAGAGUCUCAGCCAAUCACUACACAGCAGAGAGAACGUAAUCCAAGAAUGUGUGACUUUGAUCCAGAAGCUGUGUGCUGAGCAGGGAGUGGAAUCGGAGGACUCUGACAAACUCAUCAAAAAACUGGCCAGUGCAGUGACUGAUACACGCAGUGAACGUGAGGAAGUCUUGGAGGCUCAGCUGUCAGAUGCAAGCGAGAGGGAGAAAGCCCUAGAGAAACAGCUGCAGGCCGUUAGGGACGCUGGCAGAGAGCGAGACAGAGACCUCAUCACACUCAACACUGUGCUCCAGUGUAACCAGGAUGUUAUUAACCACCUGCGUGUAGAGCUUGCAGAGCGAGAUCGAGCCCAACAGGAGAUGAUGAAAGAAUGGGAAGUGUGGAAAGAGAGAGAUUCAGCCCUGACUGCACUGGUGAAGGAUAACAAAGACUAUAUUUCUCAGCUAAAGGAGGCGCUCGAGAGUUCACGCAAAGAUGUGCAGGCUCUCUCAGACUCUCUGAUUGGACGGGGGUUGGAUGGGGGAGGAGCUGAGGCUGGAUUGGUCAAUCAACUGCGAGAGAAAGAAGCUCUGCUGGCGGCAAGCUUCAGAGAUAGAGAGGAGCUCAGCUCCACCAUGUUGCAGGAGAUCUCGAGACUCUCCUCUGCCUUAACCGACACUGAAAACCUCAUACUGGACCAAAGAGAAAAUCACAAACGUGCCAUCACUGCCCUGUCACAGCAACUCAAAGACACACUGAAGGAGCUGAGAGAGAAAACCAAGGAGAAGAAGGAGGCUGAACUAGGGUGGAAGAAGGAAAAUAAAGAGAGAGCUUUCGAGGAAGGAAAACUGAGAGACAAUCUUCAGAAGAGGGAUAAACUUAUAGAGCAAGUUCUUCUGGAGUUAGAGGAACGGGAUGGCGUGUUAACAGAGCUACAGCAAAACAUCUCUAGCAGACUUGGACCCAAAACAGCCCUCAAACACACACUGUGAGUGUGUGAUUAAACGCAUACUGUGAGUGCUCUUGUAUACAAUGAACUGCACAAUAUAAUGUUAAUUGACAUCUCCGAUGUCUUUCAUUUUGCUGCACUAAACCAACAGAAAUGAGGAUCUGCAGAUCUGGUUCAGCUUCGGAUAAAUAUUUAUUCUGUUAAAUUCUUAUGGUAAUUCUCUAGUUUAAUCAAGUUAAUUGAGACAGGCUAAUGUGUAUAGUAAGUUGUGAAUAGUGCCAAUUGUUCUGCCAGAUUGCUCUCAACUGAACUUUUGAAGAGAUUGAGGGUAUAUUAUGAAAUGUUAUUUUAGUUCAUAUGAAUUUAUGACUGGACCAUUACAGGUUGAUUUAGUCAUUUUGAUUGAAUGCAGCUAUAAAUGUUCUGAUUACUUCCCACACCGUCAGAUUGUGGUUGCAAGAUUUACAUAGUUGCACACAUGUGCCUUUUCAGCACUCAUACAUGCUUUGCUUAUUAAUAAUUAUUUUUCCAUAUCCCACAGUCCCUGCAGCCUUUAAUUGUUGUUAUUAUUAUUAUUAAAUGUUUAAAUUGUGUUUUAUUGAUAUGGCUGCUGAAUAUGUUGAAUGCUGCUUUUCUCUUAUUGUUUGAUCCAUCUUUUCAUGUUCUUUUUCAUGUGAUCAUAUGUUUGUCUUGUGUUUAUAAAUGUUUUCUCAUGUCGAUUUGUUUGUGAGAUGCAGUUAUAGUCCCAACUGGGAUGUGCCAUCUUUGUUCCAGUGUAGGGAAAUCAUCAGUAGAAGGAUUUACAGACUGUCCGAAAAGGACAUGUUUUUUAAUUUGCUUAUUUUAUUUGGGUAAGCUGGAAUCCCCACAACUUGAUGCAUACCUCAUAAAUCACAUUUAAAAUGAAGCCUCAAGUUUGUGUGGGUUUUGCAGUUUGAAAGGUUUUGUUGGAGGUUUUCUUUUUAUGUCUGAAAUAUUAAAGGUUCUUUCUUGAGAACUCAGGGGUUUAAUUGACAAUAAAGCCUCAAAUAUCUAAA